GGCGGCUCCUGGGCGCUCGCAAACCCGGAAGACGCGCUCCGGCAGCCGGGCGUGUGCGCCGGCCCGGUUAGGCCAUGCAGACCCUGGAGGUAGGUCUGGUUCCCGCUCCAGCGAGGGAGCCGAGACUGACCCGCUGGCUGCGGAGAGGCAGUGUUAUCUUGGCGCACCUGGUAGCUUUGGGCUUCACCAUCUUUCUGACUUUGCUGUCCCGGCCGGGAACCAGUCUUUUCUCCUGGCACCCCGUAUUCAUGGCCUUGGCGUUCUGCUUGUGCAUGGCCGAGGCCAUCCUGCUCUUCUCGCCUGAGCACUCCCUGUUCUUCUUCUGCUCCAGAAAGGCCCGGAUCGGACUCCACUGGGUGGGACAGACCCUAGCCAUCCUCUGUGCCACCCUGGGCCUGGGCUUCAUCAUCGCCAGCAAGACCCGCAGUGAGCUGCCCCACCUGGUGUCCUGGCACAGCUGGGUAGGGAUUCUGACACUGCUGGCCACAGGGGCCCAGGCACUGUACGGGCUCUGCCUCCUCUUUCCCCGGGCAGCCGGGGUCUCGAGGGUGGCUCGCCUCAAGCUCUACCAUCUGACCUGUGGACUGGUGGUUUACCUGAUGGCUACAGUGACGGUGCUCCUGGGCAUGUACUCGGUGUGGUUCCAGGCCCAGAUCAAAGGUGGGUCCUGGUACCUGUGCCUGGCCCUGCCCCUCUACCCAGCGCUGGUGAUCAUGCACCAGAUCUCCAGCUCCUACCUGCCGAGGAAGAAAGUGGAGAUGUGAGUCCCUCUGAACUCUGAGUCUAGAUGGUGCACUUGCCUUGGACAUCAUGGUUCCUUUGGUGACCUUCAAGGCUCCGCUUCCUAAGUGGUAGGGUUUUUACUCUUCGCUGGGCCGAGGGGGUGCGGAACUGCACUGUCGUCGGAUGACUCAAUGGCCCAAAAGGGGGAAAUGUACUGAGUGCGGGUGGGGAGCUUGAUCCUGAAGCCUCCACGCUGACGAGGCACAGAAAGGUUGGGUGCUGGUGCUGAUGGUGGUGGUGUGGUCGUUUCCUGGUUGCUUGCCUGAUGGAGAGUGGGUUCCUGUCACUUAUGAAUGGCAGUUGUGGCACUUUGGGUGACUUGAGAAAGUAGUGUGGGGUAGCGGACAGCGCCCCUGGGUCUUGGUUACGGGUUUUGGUCCUUGUAGGCUCUGUUGAGCGAACUUAGGCAAGUUAUGUAUCUCAGGACCUCAGUCUCUUCAUCUGUGUGAUGAGUGUUUCCCGAUGAGCGCCAACAGUCCUCGUGUCCGAUGACGUCACAGGACACCCCUCCGGCUAAGGACCGCGGGCUGGGCCACUCAGAAGGCUCAGGAGUCACUCUUUCAUAGCCCCUUACCACUGCGGCCUGUCGGGAGCCUGUGUUGAUUUGGCCCCAGACCAGGGCACAAGGGGCCCCGCACCGAGGAGAACAGUAAGGGAAGGGGCCCGAGUGAGGGUCCCUAAACUCUGAGACAGUAAAGGCACUGAAAUCACUUUAAAGCUUUGGGCGAGCAGAAGGGCGCUGGCUCACCCAGGGCUCUAGUUCCUGGCUGGGCUGCCUGGCCCGGCUGAGAUCUUCCUCUGCCCUCCUCAGUUCCCCCGACAUCCACAUUGAGUGGCAACGCAGUCCUGGGCAGCACAUGUUUUGCCUUCCUGGGCUCCGGUCCUGCCUUAGCACACAGCUGUGGAGCUGUCCCAGAGCUUUCAGAACAGAGGAAGAGCCCAGGAGGCAGCAGGUCUCUUUUGAUCUGGGGAAGAUCCCCCUUCCUCGUCAUCUAAGCUUUCCUCUCGGUUUGCCAAGCUUCGGCCCAGCAGGGGGGCUGAGUUUGGUGCCAGCUGGCUGCCGGGGACUGGGCCGUCUUCCCUGCAGAAACCUCUCCUUGUUCCAAACCGAAAGCAGCUCCCCAGACAGCCCUGAGCGGCGAGGGCUGGACGCCAGGCAGGUGCACUGCUCUGGCUCAGCUGGGGACCUCCAUAGGCCAUGGCAAGGACUGAAGGUGGCUGAACAGGAGAGCUGGUGUUGAGGCAGGUGGUGGCAACUCACGGGCCUCUGGGAGGCUGGGGCUCCGGGGUCCAGGACCAGCAGGAGGAGUUCCUAAGUGGCAGCAUUUUGGAUGUCCAGGUCCUUGGAACGUUCCAGAUAUCCUCUCUGAGUGGCUCAGAGGCAAGAUGUUGGUAGGAUGCCACAGUACAGGCAGGGGACCCUACAAGGGAGGAGGUGUCCCCUGGGUGGACUCACUGGGCUCUUCCUGGAUCAGGUGGCAUCUCCCAGGAGCUCUUUGACCCUGAGCUAGGGGAGGGGGCCCUGCUGUGCAGGUGGUGAUUAGCUCUUUUCUUGUCCUCCCCCCCACCCCCAACCCCUGCAAACUACCAAUGUGGUCUGAACUUGGGGGAUAGGGUUACUGGGGCUGAUGGAGCAGUCUCAUCUGGGGGGCGCUUUGAUCAGGGACCCCGUGUCCUCUCCACCAGGCACAGUGGGUGUGGGGAGCCUUACCCCGUCUGCAGUCUGCAGUCUGCAGCCGGGAGAGGGCGGGGUAAUGCUCCCCUGCCUCUGAGAACCUCGCUGCCUGAGGUAUUGCCUCCUCCCAGGUGGUUGGGGGGCUGGUGGGUGGCGGGCAGGCAGGCUGACAGCCAGCAGUUUGCGUGGGCUGUGCCAGCUGAUGUCUAUUCCAAGCCCUAGGAGAAAGGGGGAAGUCAUUUACAUUCUGCAGGAGGAAGGGGCCCAGCUGUCCCAUCUCCGAUCAGGAGGUCUGGAGGGUAGAGGGGGGCACGGGCGGCCUGUGUGCACAAUCUGACUGCAGUGUAGGGAGCAGGUCAACAGGAGGAGCCCUUCUUCUUUGCAGGCCAGAUUGUGGGGGGACUUCCUUCCCCUCCCCUCUGCAUUUCUCCAGCCUUCACCACCUGCCCUCACGUCCAGGGGCAGCAGCUGGACUGCCAUUAGCCCUCCCCGCCAGGGCUCUCGUCCUCCAGCUGGGAUGUGGCAGCUGCCGGCUGCACGGCCUCCUCCCCUUGCUGUCUCCCCCACCUCCUGCACCUCCCUAUCUGGACGUCUCAGGGAUGAGGCGGAGGCCUCCGGAGAGAAGCAAAUGGCUGCCCUUUUGCCCUUGUCCCCGGACUGAGGAAAGCUGCUAGUAGUCAGCCUGUUUUGCCUUUUUUAAAAAAAGACAGGGUGCUCAAAUUAAAAAAAAAAAAAAAAAAAAAAA